CACGCAUUUCGAAGCCCAGUGCAUGUAAAUACGCUGUGUACAUGUAAAUAUAUUUCGAAAACACAGUAAAGCAAAAUGUCGAAAACGGAAGUACAUAGUAGUUAAAACCCACGACUGAACUGCCCGCCAACGUUUGAAAGGUCUAGAUGGUGAAGAUGGCGGAUAGAGUAAACUGCUCAAAGCCCAAACAACGGCAGAAAUUAGGGAGCAGCGGUUUUCAGCCGAAUAAGGCUGAGCCCGUUGUGGUUUCAGGGAACAUCGUUAAACACAACUCCAGGAAGACGAACGCCACAUUUGAAGCGUCCAGCAUUAACGCAGAAAUGGUCGAGGAGCAACUGCUUGGAUCGGACAACGAAGACACCGAUGGACAUGUUGUCUUUAUCUGCGGAAAAUGCAAGUUACCUGUCGGAGACUCCAUGUCCUGGGACGGAAGUGAGGACGAACAAAACCAGAUACGACUGAAAAGUGUCACUGAAAAUGUCAAGAUUGGAAAAGAAAGCCGACUUUAUGAAGCAGGAAAGGAGUCGCCGUGUCUGGUCACAGACCUUUUCUGCCGAGGCUGCCACACUUUGCUCGGUAUGAUUUACAGGUCCACUCCCAAGAAUCUGGACCACAAGAGAUUUGCUUUCUGUUUCAACGUGGCUGACAUUGACAGCUACAUGCUCGGCUCGGCGAGCCAGACUUUGGCAGCAGAGGGCCCCAAAGAGCAGCUGCUCACACUGGAGUACAGAAAGACUGUUGAACAGGAGCUUUCAAAGAUGAAAAUGCUGGUCAUAUCCAUGGCUAAGAGGCUGGAGGAAAUUGAAGUUGGCAUUCAGGAGGGAUUUGAAGAGUCAUAAAAAUGAUGGAUGUCGACCUUUUUUGGGUGGGUCUUGUCUGGGUUUUCUACUUCUUCUUCUUUUUUUUUCUUCUCCUCCUCCAAAAUUUACAUUUAGGUCCCCUUAUCUCUCGGGUGCUCCCACAGUAGCACAUUUUGUCCUGCCGCUCACCUUGUACACUCGCAGCCUCCGAGCAGCUUUGUCCCGAUUACCAUUGGUGAAACAAAGAGCACCUGCACUCGUAAUCAAUCACGCUGUCAGCUCGGCCCCGGCGGCUGGUGCCACAGUCUCCUCUCUGUGUCUCGGCUGCACAGUGAUGGUGCGCUGCAGAGGCUUCACGGUUACGUGUGAAGGAUCUCAUCAAGCAGGCUGCACGCUCAGCACUUUGCCGUAUCGAUCGGGCCACUCAGGGUCACACCACACUUUUCUUUGUUCCCCGCCUCAUGUGUGGAGUCUUGAAGAAGAAAACAGGAUUGGGACAUGUUUUCAGAGGCCAGAAGAGAAGAAACUAAAAAAAAAGAGGGAAAAAAAAAGAAUUGCUAUCUGUCAACUGUCAUGAACUCAUGUGUCCAAUUGUGUCACAUUUUUUCCUCUCUGGUGCUCUGUUGUGCUUGCUUGCCAACAGCCAAACAACAAACGAGUGUCUAAAAUGUUUCCACUGAUUAGCAAAGAGGCGAUUUAAUGAUGAGCUCUAUUUAGAGCGCCCUCUGCUGAAUGAUACUGUACAUGAGUCUCAUUUUUAACAUUAUCUAAAAAUUCUGAUCCAGCUGCAGUAUCAAUUUUGUCCAGUAGGUUCUGACUCCUAUUGGCUCAAGUUGUUCAAUCUCGUCAGAACUUUAUGAACAAAAAAGAGAGAUACCUUCUUGCGUGAUAAGCUGUCUGAGAAUGAUCGUGUUAUUUCGCCUAGAAAGUUACUAAAUUAAAUGUUCCAAAACUAGACAUUAACUCGAAUGUAUUUCUAUACCCCAAUAAAAAUAUCAAACUCUU